UGACAAAGUGUCUUGUGGCUUCGAGCUUUUCCCGGAGACCCAUCCAGUAUAUCGUAUUCAUUAUUGGAGUUCCAGGAUUUCAAGACGAAGGACAGAAGGAGUGAGUGACCCAGUGGGCUGGUUGGUGUGAGGGGAGAGCAGCAGCUAUGGGUGAAAUGGAGGGCUCCUACAGGGCCAUACAGACCCCUGGCACCCGGCUGGGAGCCCAGUUCAAUGCUGGGAUCAGUACCUUGGAGCCGGGCCAGAGCCUCAGUGAUGCCUUGGGCCCCGGGGGUAGGAGCCCAGGCAGAGGACUACAGCUCAGGGUCCAGGGCCUGGACGACUCCCAGGAGUUUUACGACUUGGAGUCCAGAGCUGACGGACAGACUCUUCUCUCUGAUGUGUUCCGGAGGAGCAACCUAAUGGAGAGCGACUACUUUGGCCUAGAGUUCCAGAACAUGCAGAUGAGCUGGGUUUGGUUGGAACCCACGAAGCUUGUUGUGAAACAAGUGAAGAGACCCAUGAACACCCUCUUCAGGCUGUCCGUGAAGUUCUUUCCCCCUGACCCUGGUCAGCUGCAGGAAGAGUACACUAGGUACCUGUUCUCCCUGCAGAUGAAGCGAGACCUGCUCGAGGGCAAGUUGAGCUGUACAGAAAACACCGCUUCCCUGCUGGCCUCACAUCUCCUUCAAUCGGAGAUAGGGGACUAUGACGACGUGGCGGACAGGGACUUCCUGAAGCUGAACAAGCUGUUGCCCAAUCAGGAGAGGAUACAGGAGAGGAUCAUGGAACUGCACUACAGACACCUCGGGCAGACUCCAGCCGACUCAGACUUUCAGGUUCUGGAGAUCGCCCGUAAACUGGAGAUGUACGGCGUCCGUUUCCACCCAGCAGCCGACCGCGAGGGAACGAAGAUCAACCUGUCCGUGGCUCACAUAGGCCUGCAGGUCUUCCAGGGUAACACCAAAAUAAACACCUUCAAUUGGUCCAAGAUCCGAAAACUGAGCUUCAAGAGGAAACGCUUCCUGAUCAAGCUAUACCCAGAGGUUCAUGGGCCUCACCAGGAUACCCUGGAGUUUCAGAUGGUCAGUCGGGACCAGUGCAAGAUCUUCUGGAAGAAUUGUGUGGAACAUCACUCGUUCUUCCGCCUCUUGGAUCAGCCGCAGCCCAAGUCUAAAGCCAUUCUCUUUAGUAGGGGAUCGUCAUUCAGAUACAGUGGGAGGACCCAGAAGCAACUAGUGGAAUAUGUCAAGGACAGCGGAGCAAGGAGGACACCAUAUCAGAGGAGGAACAGUAAGGUGAGGAUGUCGGCUCGGUCCCUGGCCCCCGAUGUGCCAAAACAGACAUUCUCCUUCAAUGACAGCUUGCGGGCGCCAGGUUCCCCAUCCUCUGCGACUGUGUCCUUCCACUCCAUACAAGUCUCCAGCUCCCCCCCACGUCCGGAGCCCCAGGCCCAGCCUCCACAGCCUCCUGCCCAGAGCCAGGCCCAGUCUACACAGCUUCCUCCCCAGCAGCAACAGACCCAGCUCCUGCCCCCACAGCUGGCCAGGCCCUCCAGCCCCACAGCGAAGGAGGACCCCCACAAGGCCACCGACAUCCCCCCAUGUCACCACGCCUUCUCACAAGGGUCCUCUAUGGACAGCCCCCAGCUCUCCCCGUUCAACUCCAAGAGCUCUCCCCUCUGCCUGUCCCCCUCCUUCCAGAUGUCUACGCUGAGUCUCCCGGGGGCAGGCCAGGCCCCCUCGCCCCUACAGAGCCCCAUCCUGAGUGAGGUGGGCACCAACAGGCUAGAGGAGGAGGAGGAGGAGGGCAGGAGGAAGCGAUAUCCCACCGACAAGGCCUACUUCAUUGCUAAAGAGAUUCUAACCACAGAGAGGACCUACCUGAAAGACCUAGAGGUCAUCACAGUGUGGUUCCGCAGCGCGGUGAUCAAAGAAAACGCCAUGCCAGAGGGGCUGAUGACCCUGCUGUUCUCCAACAUCGACCCCAUUUACGAGUUCCACAGGGGGUUCCUCAAGGAGAUCGACCAGAGACUGGCUUUAUGGGAGGGGCGCUCUAACGCUCAUGUGAAGGGAGACUACCAGAGGAUUGGAGACGUCAUGCUGAGGAACAUGUGUGCUCUCAAGGAGUUCACCAACUACCUGCAGAAACAUGACGAGGUGCUGACCGAGCUGGAGAAGGCCACCAAGCGCCUGAAGAAGCUGGAGACAGUGUAUAAGGAGUUUGAGCUUCAGAAGGUGUGUUACCUGCCUCUCAACACGUUCCUGCUGAAGCCCAUCCAGCGCCUCAUGCACUACAAACUGAUCCUAGAGAGACUGUGUAAACACUACAGCCCAGACCACCCCGACCACAACAACUGCAGAGAGGCCCUGAAGGAGGUGGCAGAGAUGACCAAUCAGCUCCAGAGUAGUUUGAUCCGUCUGGAGAACUUCCAGAAGCUGUCUGAGCUCCAGAGAGACCUGAUCGGCAUCGAAAACCUCACUGCGCCUGGCAGGGAGUUCAUUCGAGAGGGUUGUCUGUACAAGCUGACCAAAAAAGGGCUGCAGCAAAGGAUGUUUUUCCUGUUCUCUGACCAGCUCCUGUACACGAGUAAAGGUGUGACGGCCACCAACCAGUUCAAGGUCCAUGGCCAGCUGCCUCUGCACGGCAUGAUCGUGGAAGAGAGUGAGAACGAGUGGUCUGUUCCUCACUGCUUCACCAUCUACUCUGCCCAGAGGACCAUUGUGGUGGCAGCCAGCUCGAAGGUGGAGAUGGGGAAAUGGAUAGAGGAUCUCAACAUGGCAAUAGAGAUGACCAAGAAAUCUCAGGAGAAAUCAGACCUGUUCCUGGACCCAGGGCUGUGUGAUCGCUCCAACAGGUCGUCGGAUGAGGUUUCUCUGGAUCAGGAGUCAGAGGAUGACAUGUCGUCGUCCCGUAACUCUCUGGAUAAGCAGACCCAUCACCGUGCCAACAGCACCAUGCAUGUCUGCUGGCAUCGCAACACCAGUGUGUCCAUGUCAGAUCACAGCCUGGCUGUGGAGUGGCUGGCUGACUGUGUGGGAGUGGCUGUGUUCUGUUCCCCAGCCAUGUCUCCAGAGCUCCCUCCUCGUUACCUGCUGGGUCAGGGCCAGAGACCCAACACCAUCACACACGUCUGCUGGUACCGCAACCAGAACCUCUCACUCACUGAUUAUCUGCGCAUGAACCAGAACCAGCUCUCAGGUUACCUCCUACGGAAAUUCAAGAACAGCAACGGCUGGCAGAAGCUCUGGGUGGUCUUCACCAACUUCUGUUUGUUCUUUUACAAGACUCACCAGGAUGAUUUUCCGCUGGCCAGCCUCCCGUUGCUAGGUUACACCGUGAGCAGCCCGGGAGAGUCAGACAGCAUCCACAAGGAAUACGUCUUCAAACUGCACUUCAAGUCCCACGUCUAUUUCUUCCGGGCGGAGAGCGAGUAUACAUUUGAGAGAUGGAUGGAGGUGAUUAAGAGUGCGGCCAGUGCUACUGGCAGGAUGAGUCUCCUCAUACCUAAAGGUCCCCUGCAGAUGAAUGGGAACUAACUGCGCUCUUUGAUCUGAUCUACUGCGGCUUAGAAGCUUCUAUCUAAUCUGCGUCCCAAAUGGCACCCUAGGUUCAGUCCUAGAGAGCAAAGGGCUGGGCCCAAUAGACUCUGAGACAAUACUGUAUAAUAUUCUCUCUCUCUCUCUCUCUCUCUCUCUCCCUCUCGCUCUCAUUGGCAUCAUGUUCAAGUGGCACUCAUGUCUUGGAUUUUUUUUGUCAGAUAAGGGCUCAGUGAGUAACUGGAAAUUACUAUCUGUAUUAAUUCUCUCCUUAUGGAAUGGUCAACCAUUGUUAUGUGAGAAUCUGUUGAAACAAUGUAUCAGCGGGGAACGGAGUAACAUUCUAAAUCCAGUAAUUGGAUAGGUGGUUCAAGAGAGAAGGAUAUACUAGCGCUAUCACGAUCAACAAGGAUGCUUGAGGACAUCCUGUCAAGGAUGACUGUACACACUCAGCCAGCUGAGAAAGGGAACUGAAAGCGAGACUCAUAACCUUCUCAUGGCAGCCAGUGUAAAACAACUACAUCACAAAACAUAGGAUUGGUUUCCCACACUCGGAUUAAGUCUAGUCCUGGCCUUUAAAAAAAAGAAGCAUUUUUUAAAAUGGAAAAUCACCUUUUUGAAAGUUUUUUUUUUUUAAACUCCAGAACUAGACUUAAUCUGUGUCCAGAACUAGACUUAAUCCGUGUCCAGAAAACCGUUUUAUAGCGAUUUAUCCAUCAGGUUAUGUUCUAGAGAAGUUUAUAUAGCAUUAGUCUAAAGACUGUUGUUUCCUUUUAGCCAGUGAAAGCAUUCUGUGGACGGUCGUUGUAGAGUCUGUAUUGUGUCUGUCUACACGAAGAUACAGGUGUCGAAAGGGAACUGGUAGGUGGACGAAGGCAGUGAUGAUAUUACGGAGGUGCAGAGCUUGUAGGAUUUAUUUGACUAGGGACUGACUGGGAAGGGUAACGAGCUGGAGAACAACCUCCGAUACUUUCUUUAAGCCACGUUUAAAAUAGCUGGACUUGAGGUAGCUCUGGUCCAGGGUGUUGUUUCUUCCACUAAGGAAUUAGUGGAGGAAUUAAUGCCCUGGACCAGAGCUCUGGUACAGCAAGAGAGGGAGGUACCCAGUGAAUGUCCUUUUUUUUCAUUGAUAAAAGGCAGAUAGUAUCGUAUGUUGAAAUAAGUUAGAAACACAAGCUGUCAAAUCUCCUUUUUUAGGAUAACUUCUGUAAUAGACUUGGGAGGCAUUCUGUUCUUUUGAGAAUGUCGUAGUUCUCAUUUGUUCUGUUGUCACACUGAGGUAUUAAUGGCCAUGGAGUUAAAUCAAAAAUGGAGUAUAAAACACACAAUUCUGUAAGGUACGUUUUCCAUUGAAGUGUUUCAAGGGGUCUAUAUUCAUGUUAAUAAAUGUACAAGUACUUUGUUGGUCCCAGAGAGAGAGAGAAAAAAAACCUUUGUUAAUUAAGAUUUCCUGUACUAUCAAUAUGUAGUUUUAUUUUUCAUACAUUGACAAUAGUCCAACCUAAUUCUGGUCUAAUUCAUAACCUCAAAUGUUGUUAAAGUCAAACAUACUUUUAAAGCAUUUAAUUGUUGUGUUAUUGACUUGUUAUCAGUCAGUGUUGGCCAGUUUUACUGUUGUCUGAUUUCCUAGUUUUAACGACAGCAGGAAGUCGGGAAGGAAGGUGCUAUAUUUGAUUCAUGUUUUGUUUGGCUUGCUGGGCUUGUAUAGUUACUACCAUGUGUUCUGGAUUAUAGUUAGUUUAGCAGUUUUUUGUUGUUUUUGUUCAUUUAACAUAGGGAUGACCUCAUAAAAUUCAUUUGCAGUGUAUAUCCUAAUAUCUAUAGUCUUUUUUUUUUUUUAAGUUACGGAUUCCAUUCUAAUAUGUUGUUAAGGCUGAAGAGCUUGGAUCGGUCCCAAAUGGGAUCCUAUUCCCUAUGGGCCCUGGUCAAAAGUAGUGCACUUUUUAAAGGGAAUGCAGGUGCCAUUUGGGACUCCUUCCACGUUAGAAGAUCUGUCGCGGUCUAACUGUCUCGCUGUAUGUAGUGGGCCUUGUGAGUGUUGUGUUUUUAAUGGGUGACGACAGGAGAUCAGGUUGUGUAUAUUCUCUAAGUGUCUCGAUGUAGAGCUAAUUUAGGAUGAGGUUUUUUUUUUUUUUUUUUUUGGUGUGUCCCCCCCCCCCCCCCACUUGUAAAUCGUACGCAUAAGAGGGGAGAUGAGCACUCCUACUUUAAGACGCUAGAUGCAUCCGGGCCCCUAAACUUGUCCGUUCGUCAUCAGAAAGCCCCCUUUCCCCCGUGACUGUCUCCACAUCAUGGUAUUAUCUGUCUGUCUCCGGAGUGAUAGGGGUCAGUGAGGUGUAAGUCCUGUCAUCUUCCCAUGUUGGACUGGAACCAAUCACAAUGUUUAGGUGUCCCAAAUGGCGCUCUAUUCCUUAUAUAGUGCACUACUCUUGACCAGGACCCAUAGGGAAUAGGGUGCCAUUUUGAGAUGCGUCUCUGAUCUACGGGGGGGGGGGGUGCAGCAGCAGCAGCACCUCCUCUCUUAACUCCUUUCCCAGUUCAUCUCUCUGUGUUCAGGUGUGCUAACCAACCAAUGCCCCACUGCCCCCCGUCUGCCGUUCCAGUCGGAUGUUCUUCCUAUUUAUUGUGUAGCAGCAUGUCAUUGGAGCCCUUCUUGUUCCUGUAUGUUCUGCUUCUUGCUCCUGUUAUUAUUGCAUUGAUAACAAAUAAAGUUGAACAGAUGCAAAACAA